GUUCAUUAAUCUUUAUUAUGGCGGCGGGUAUGAAUACAAGCUCAGUUCAUGUUUGCAAAUACCUUCUUCCUCAAAACAAGGAAAGGACAGUUUAUGAUGGAUUUAUAGAAUCAUUGGAUUCGGCUGUAAGAACAAACAAGAUGUUUGAAUCUUUAAGCACAGCCCCAGCAUUGUAUGGAAAACUCAUUAAUGAAAUCUCAAUUGUUAAAUGGGAUAGGGUUGUUGAUAUUGAUGAAUGUUUUCAAAAAGUGAAGUUACAGACAAUAGAUUCAUCUGCAAGAGAACAUUACAUCAGCGUACAUAUAUCUUCUCAGUACCCAAAUGAAGCCCCAGAAUGCAGCACUGACUUGCCAUCUGAAUUUUCACUGCAAUGGAAUUCCAAGAUGUCACUUGUAGAUGUUUUACAGCAAUUUGAUAAAGCUGUUGAGAGGCAUCAGACAUUCUGGAAUGUCUUGGAUGAAAUCGACAAGUCAACAUGGGUGCUGGAGCCAGAGAAACCCUGUAGAAAGGAUGCUGCUAGAAGAAUUGCUUUAGGUAACAACGCCUCAAUACAAAUAGUGGUGAAUCCUCUGCAUCCUACACAGUUACCAGAAUGUCGAUUCCUAGGCGCUGAUCAAACCAUCAAGCCACUGCGUGACAAUAUGAACCGGUCGCUACAGAUGUGGGACUCAUCAAAAUCGGUUUUAAGCAACCUACAAGAGUUGAUGAAUAUCACUUUCCCAUCUCCAAUAUCCUCCAAGAAAGAGGACUUUUGCUCUGAAUGCAGUAUAUGUUAUCUCUACCGACUUGAUGGUGCAAUACCUGACAAAGUAUGCAAAUUUCCUGCCUGCAACAAAGCAUUUCAUCAAAUAUGUUUAUAUGAGUGGUUGAGGUCAUUGCCAACUAGUAACCAAAGUCUUUCCAAAUAUGGAUUCAAAAAUAUUUAUGGGGAGUGUCCAUACUGCAGUCAACCAAUCACAGUGAGGCAAGAAGACAAGUGAUCUAUGAGGAAGUUAUUGCUGUCAACCAAUCACAAGGUUAGACAGGAUAACGGUAACCUUCUAUGAGGAGUGUCCAUACUUUAGUGAACCAAUCACAGUGAAGCAAGAAGAAAAGUUGAAAAGUUCCUAAAAGUCAUAGUUAUGCUGAUUUGACUAAGAAUAAUGCCACAAAUGAUCACAAGCAAGAUAGGUGGUUGGGAAUGUUUAACAAGUUUUGUGAUACCAAAUUAGCCCAAUUCACACAGAUUUUGUACUUCCAAAAUCAGCCUCGUUUUCACAGAACUAAAUGUAAACCUUGCUAAAUAUCUCGGGGAUGGCCUCAAUGGCGGCAGGAUUUUCCCAACAGGGGGUAUGCUGUCCCAACUGCAGGGUGUGGGGGAGCGUAUGUAGCAGUGGACAUGUGCAACCUGUGCAAGAUUUUGUCUCAAGUCAUAAAUUUAUAAGAUAUUUUAUAAUGCCGAUGAAGAAGGGGUGGGAAUUAUUAAAGAACUUAAAAGCAGUUGUAUGCUUAAUUAUGAAGUCUCUCCAUGAAAUGUUAUCCAUCAUAAGAUGGUUCAGAAUAAGUAAAUUGUUGAAAUGUAAAAAUAUUAUAUUUUGUAUUUGACAGAUUAUAUUUUAUAGAAGUCAGUUUUCUCAAAGCAGAUAUUGUGUUUUCAGUUUUGUUGUUAUUAUUAUUAUUAUUAUUAUUAUGCUGUAUUACUAAAUUUGUCUUAUUAUUAUUAUUAUUAUGCUGUAUUACUAUAUUUGUCUGUUCUUGGUUUCCACAAAUUGAUGCAACAUUCGGAAUAAAAAGAAACAUCUGAAAUUA